CAGCAUGCACAAAGUCAACUUGGAAAUUUCGGAGAACCUGGAGCGACAUCGGACCGCCGGCUUCAGCGGCUCCAAAACUCUGGUGGUCCGAAGAGGAGACCCCUUCAAAGUCAGCCUGCCGCUGAGGACGCGACCUUAUAACCCCAGCACGGACACUCUCUGGGUCAAAGUCCUGCUAGGCCGCCUCUACGUGGUCAUGCCUAUCACUUCAUCCACAAAGUUCUCUUUGUGCCGUUGGGGGGCCUUUAUGGACCCUAACAGCCUGAACCCCAACAACCUCACAAUAUUUAUUUCGGCCCCCUCCUCGGCCUCGGUGGGCCAAUACAGAUUUAAGCUGUGGGUGUUCGCCAAAGGCAAGACCACGGUUUGUGCUGUGGGCAAAUUCAUCCUGCUCUGCAACCCCUGGUGUCAAGCGGAUUCAGUCUACAUUCCCUUUGAGGACCAGAGAGAGGAAUACAUUCACAAUGACUCUUGUUUGCUUUUCAUGGGGACGGCUAAGAACAUCGUGUCCAGACCGUGGUGCUUAGACCAGUUCGAGCCCUACGUUCUGGAGGCGUGUCUCAACCUGCUGAAUGUCAGCCCUCAUCACCAACACAAUAGAAGGAAGGACUACCUGAACAGGAAGGACCCAGUCUACAUCAGCCGGGUGGUGUCUGCCAUGAUCAACUGUGAGGACGACCGCGGAGUGCUGAAAGGCAAUUGGUCAGAGGACUUCGACGACGGAGUCCAUCCAUCCAAGUGGACCGGGAGCAGCGACAUCUUGAGCCGUUGGGCCAAGUCGGGUUACCACCCGAUUAAGUACGGCCAGUGUUGGGUGUACGCUGCCGUCAUGUGCACGGUCAUGCGAGUCCUUGGCAUUCCUUGUCGCGUCGUCACCAAUUUCAACUCGGCUCACGACACCAACGGCAACCUGGUCAUCGAGGAAUUCUACAGCGAAACAGGCCAGAAGCUGAAGAGCACUAAAGACUCCAUAUGGAACUUCCACGUGUGGGUGGAGUGUUGGAUGACCCGAAAAGAUUUGGAAGGUGACAUGGACGGCUGGCAGGUUUUAGAUCCAACCCCCCAGAAGAGAAGCGGAGGAGUGUUCUGUUGCGGUCCCGCUCCCGCCAAGGCCAUCAGGGAGCGACGCGUCGACCUCUUCUACGACAUCCCCUUUGUGUACGCUGAGGUGAACGCCGACGUCCACACGUUGGUGGUGAGCCAGGGUCGCGUCGUGAGCCGCAGCGUGGACACGGACAGAGUGGGACCUCUAAUCUGCACUAAAGCGGUGGGCUUACCCAGGAUGCAGAACGUCACCGGAGACUACAAACACAUCAAAAGCCUGACGUCAACGAUGUCGUCAAACCGUUCCUCCUUGUCCGAGAACUCCACGCUAAGAAGAGGCACAAAGAGGUUGGCCGCGCUUCUGACGCUGGAUAAGACCCCCGUGGCCGGGACGUCCAUCCUCUUCACUUUGAAAGUUGUCAACAGGCAGAGCGUGGCGAAGAUGAUGAAGGUCCACCUCAACGCUCAGACCAAAGAGUACAACCACAGCCCCUCGGAGACCUUCUGGGAGGCUCACAAGGUCAUAGAGUUGGCACCUUUGGAAGUUAAGGUCCUGAAGCAGCAGAUUCUCCCGUUCCAGUACGAGGACGUGGUGGCGGACAACCUGGUCAACCUGGCAGCAGUUUUGGAGGACAUGGUCACUCAGGAGCGCGUGCUGGCCUUUGAGGAGUUCAACAUCGCCAACCCACAGCUUGUCAUCGAGAUCGAAGGCGGAGAGACCGUGGCGAUGAACAAAGAGCAAGCAGCCAGCGUAACGUUCACCAAUCCCUUUUCUCACCCCGUAAGCGGCUUGCUGAGCGUGUCUGGCAGCAGCCUCAUCAAAGGGCACGCCAACUUCAGGAUGUUCUCGCUGCGUCCAGGAGGAAGUGGAAAGCAACGCAUCGACUUCUUCCCCAGCAUGAAAGGGACAAAGAUGCUUCAGGCCUCCCUGACUCUCUCUAACAAGACUACCAUCACGGGAUUCAAGAUGGUCACCGUCCGCCAUGUUUAGAACUCUCUAUUGCUGAUUAUCGCCUCUGAAAAUGUGAAACUGACACCUUUUGUUUUGACUUUGCUAUUGCCUUGAAGUGAUUAUUUAUAUCCUCAACUAUUUAUUAUGUUUUAUAAUAAUAAUUAUGGGUUUUCAGACACUUAUUCCCUGCUCACUGAAGAAAAAAAAUCUUGAAAUAUCAAAGUACAUCUUUAAAAAUGUAUGUAUAGAACAUUUUUCACUCAAAAUAACAGUCGUGGUCAAAAGUUUUCAUACACUUGUAAAGAAUAUAAUGUCAUGGCUGUCUUGAGUU